AUGCUGCAGAAUAACUCUGAGCUGGUGAUUGUGCUUGAGGGUCUGAAUGACUCUCUGAUAAACCGUCAGAUCUUCUUUGCCUUCGCUCUGACGUCGUACCUCUUCACGGUCUUCGUCAACCUGACGCUCAUCCUCACCAUCUGUCUGGAGAGGUCUCUCCACGAGCCCAUCUACUUCUUCCUGUGUAACUUGUGUUUUAACGGGAUCUGUGGGGCGUCGAUUUUCUACCCGAAGCUGCUUCACGACCUUCUGGCCGACGCUCACGUCAUCACAUACGCCGGCUGUCUGUCUCAGAUCUUUGCGGUUUACGGUUAUGUUUUCUGUGAGUUCACCAGUCUGACCGUCAUGGCGUACGACCGUUACCUGGCCAUCUGCCGUCCGCUGCAGUACCGGACGGUAAUGACGCCACAGAGAGUCAUGCAGCUGGUGCUGGUCACCUGGAUCUUCUCGCUGCUGGAGACGGCAGGCGGCACCCUCCUGACGGCCCGCCUGGCGCUCUGCAAACACCACCUCCCGAAGAUCUUCUGCACCAACUGGGAGGUGGUGAAGAUGUCGUGCUCUGACACGACCCCCAACAGCAUCUAUGGCUUCGUGCUCAUGUUCUCGCACCUCACGCAGUUUGGACUCAUCCUGGUAUCAUACACCCACCUGGUCCGGGCCUCGCUCCGGCUGCGCUCUGACCGCAGGAAGUUUGUGCAGACGUGUCUGCCGCACCUUAUCACGCUGUUCGUCUUCACCUUGUCGCUGAUGUUUGACACCUUGCAUUCACGUUACGCGUUAAGCAGCAAAACGCCGCAGAUUGUGCUGAAUGUGCUGGCGGCAGAGUUCCUAGUAGUCCCGCCCCUCAUUAACCCCAUCAUCUACGGCAUCAACUUGCAUCAGAUCAGGACCAGGAUCGUCCAGAACUUCUCCCUCAUACGAGACAUCCAAAAAACACACCCAGCGAAAGCAGCUCAGUUAAAUAGCAAUAUAAAUAAUAUAUGA